AAUUCUUGUCUAUAAAUUGAAGCUCGAUUGAGCGCUCCUCGAUCAAGUAUCUACAGGCAGCAAAUUGUUAUAAUCAAAGAAAAUGAAGAUCAUUGUUUUGCUAAUUUCACUUGUUCUUGCAUUUUCCUCUUCAUGUGCUACAACAACUCCUAAUCCAGUCUUGCAGGUGGUGCGUGAUAUUGAUGGUGAAAUUCUCAGAUCAAACACCAGGUACUUUGUGGUGCCAGCAAUAAUAGGAGCCAGUGGCGGCGGAGUAACGCGAGGCCCGACGAUAAAUGGAGCUCGUCAUGACUCUAACUUCGUCUGUCCUUUUCAGGUGGUGCAGUCUCCAAUCUAUGUGAACAAAGGCACGCCAGUGUAUUUCAAACCAAAGGCACCCAAACAAGAAGAAAUCACUGAAUCCACUGAUGUUAACAUUGAGUUCUAUCUUGACAAUCCAACUGUUUGUAAGAAAAAUGUGUGGGAGGUGGAAGGUUUCCCAGGACAUGAAAUCCCAAUGUUCUUGUCAACUAAUGGACAGGCAGGAAAUCCUUUGAAUGUGGCCUCCUGGUUUCAGAUUAAGAAAGCUAAUGAUUUCUCUUAUAAGUUGGUGUUUUGUCCUUAUGGAGAGCACAUCUGUAGUGACAUUGGCAUCGAAGUUGUUGACGGACAAAGGCGUUUGGCUUUAAGAACAGAAAAUACCUUCUAUGUUGUGUUCAUCAAGGAUACUAUCAUCGGAAUUAAAUCGAUUAUAUGAUUUGAUUUCAAUCAAAAAAUAUGAAUCCAUCGAUUUCAAGAUCCUUUCCGUUGUGUGUCUGUACCUAUGUACGUACGUGCUUGUAUGAUCUAAAUAUUGCUAUGAAUACAUAGCCUCGAUCAUAAUAAAAGUUUUGAUAUCUUAUUGUAUA